GACUGCAGAGUUCUAGUCUUGAGUUGGUGAAAGUGAGAUCGUGAGAGUAUCUGUGUGGCUGGAUAGUAGAUAACAGUGUUUCCCCGCUUAUACCUACAAUGGCGAGCUUGAUUAGAAGAAGUAGCCUGCGACGACGCAGUCAAAAGCGCAAGCGCACACCCUUCACCAAAGAGGUGGUUAUACACGAUGUGAUCCGGAAAGGCAAUGUGGACGAUAUGCAGAGAGUGUUCUGUUGUCGCCGAUCCAGCAGUCGCGGAGCAGCCCAGACCCUGCGUGAUUUGUUCACCCGUCAGUCGUCAACAGUUCAGCCUAACAACAUUUCACCGUCCACGGCAGCGGCAUCAGGGAACUGUCCCAGCAAUGGAACCGUGUGUAGCGAUAGCGCAGAGCCCGCUGCUCAGAUGGACACGGAGUGUGUGAAAUGCGACGUCAACCAGGAGUUGCUUGGUGGACGCACACCACUACACUUAGCAGUGGAUACAGGCAAGCUCUGGGUUGUGCAGUUCCUGGUGGAGCAUGGUGCUGAGGUAGAUCGGGAAGACAACUCUGGCUGGACCCCACUGCACAGAGCCAUAGGUGGUAGCUGGUUGGACAUCGUUAAGUUCCUCUUGUCGCACAAAGCCGACCCAUGCAAGCGCAUGCCUGAUGGCUCACUGCCGCUCACAAUUGCCCUGGAGAGACGUGACGUCGCCCUGGUGAGCACUCUCAUCUCUAGCGGUCGCCAUGACUCCCGUCUUAGCACUGCCACCAGUAGCGCUGUCACCGCAGACGACAGUCACGUGGCCUUGCGUCAUCACCGACAAGCUAUGGAAGAGGCUAGCAGCAGAGGCGCAAGUCUCCGGAGGACGCCACAAAACGAGCAGCAACCGCAGAAGGCAAGCGUAACUGGCUCGUCUGUACGUCGCUCGGCCUCCUUCACGUCUCGGAGAACAACUCACAAUCUGAACAAAGCCUCCACAAUGGUCACAGCGACACAGUUGAUUGCGCAAUACAACGAACACCAGAAGACAAGUGGCAGAAGCGAGCUGGAGCAGCAGAGACUGAGAGCGAGAAAUCCACUAACGGGCAGCCAGCAGGGUGGAAACGACGAGGGAAACGAUUCGCUUCACUCUCAGCCACGGAAGCUACACACAUCGGUGGGCUUCAGACGCGCCGGUCCGGUCAAAGUCUGGCGUAAGGGCUCCGUGGCGAGCAUUCAGGAGUCCUCGGGUACGCCAUCACCCUCGUCCGUCAUUGCAGAUCAUCUCGCCGGCGCAGUGCUAUCACCGUCCGUGGUCCUGACGGCACCGUCGUUCGACGAGGGAUUCGCCGAACAGAUGGACUCGGACAACUCGUCGGCCGGUCUAGAUAACUCGACGGGUCUGUUCUCCGACAGCGCGGGCUCUCCCGACAGCUCCACGGCCAACACCAGCAACAGUGCCAGCGUCGUCAUUGACUACUUCCAACGUGGAGCCAGCGGCCGGAGCAGCUUCCGGCGCGCGCUCACCGCGUUCACGCGCCGUCCAAGCCGCUCCCGGACGCCGUCGCCUUCAAGCUCUCCCAAACAGGAAGACAAGAUACUUGUCAUAAACUCAUAAAUCACGUGAUUACUAGAACUGAAUCUCAAAUACCGGUAAUUUCCGGCCGAUCACAUUCACGAUAUCAAUAUUUUCUUUUCAUAUUUCAUAUCUAUUUUCCGACCGACUUCGUUCCUCUUGUCAAAACCUAGGCUUUCCAAUUUCAUUAUUUCAACCAGCCGUGCGUUCGGCUUACAACGCAAUCUGAAACUAACCAGUACGAAACUGAACUUAAAACUGAA